GCAUGCUCCUACCUAAAAUCUUGGGGAGUGUCGUUUGAGUUUUCACGUAACCUAGCUAGCGUUAGACGUGUAAAUCUUACUUAUCGUCAAGUCAUUAUUACCUGGGUAUGACAUACGGAUCGUAGUAUCUGUGAUGAUUUUUCGUUGCUCAAACGGCGCCCCUCGAUAGAGUUCUCUUAGGAAGCCUUUAACUCCAGAACUACAAGCUGACUUUUUCCCUGGGCCCUAAGAGAGCUAACUACAAAUCUUCUGACGGUGUUUGAAGAUUGUUUGGACACUACGCUGAAGUGAACCAUGCAGAGGAGAGCAUGGGAACUUAUGUAAUGUCCCUUGUAAGUCGGAGUGAACCGCAUGAAAAACAAGCCACUUACCCCAAAGCCGGUGGUGGCAUGUCUCCAUGGAUAUGACCCAUGAUACUGUGGAUUUUGGAAGAAGUGGACCAGCCCAACUAUCUGUGACCUAAGCAACACCCUCUUCUUCAUUGUAUUGCUGUUGAAAGGAGGAAUUUCGUUUUGUGGCAGCAGAUCGGACAGUGGUGGAACAGCUGUUACAAUGCCAAGCUGUACUUGGAUGUUGUUGGGUGUGUGUAUGGUGUUGGUGGACUCAUGCCUGGCUCACAGCCUGUUUACCUGUGAACCAGUGCGGGUGCAGUGGUGCCAUGGCAUGCCCUACAACAUGACCUUUUUCCCCAACAUGCUUGAGCACUACGACCAGGACAUUGCUGCUAAUAAAAUGCAGCAUUUCAUGCCGCUGGUUAAUCUUCGCUGCUCCCCAGAUGUGCACCUGUUCCUGUGCCAAGCUUUUGUUCCAGAGUGCACAGAGCAGACACGAGUACUGCGACCCUGCAAGUCACAGUGUGAGCGUGUCCUCUCUGAGUGCUCUAGAAACAUGGAUACUUUUGGUAUUACCUGGCCACAGGAGUUGCAGUGUGACAGGUUGGAGCCGUGCCAAUCCUCUAUGCAUGGCUCUGAUGUUCCACAACUAAAGGACACGACCACAUCUAAAAGCUCUUCAUCAGCCAGUAGAGACCUUGGCUUCUGGUGUCCACUGCAGCUGAAGACCCAUCCUGGACAGGGCUCCUCCUUCCUGGGUGCUCUGGACUGUGCUGCCCCAUGUGACAACAUGUAUCUCAAACCUCAUGAGAUUGAAUUUGCCAAGACCUUUAUUGGCAUCUGCUCCAUUGUCUGCUUGUGCGCUACACUCUUCACCUUCCUCACCUUUCUCAUUGAUGUCAAACGCUUCCGCUACCCAGAGCGGCCAAUUAUUUUCUAUGCCAUCUGUUACAGCUUUGUGUCCCUCAUCUACUUCAUCGGGUUCUUGUUGGGCAAUGAGUUGGCCUGUAACAAGCCAAGCCUGCUGGGGGCAGUGUCCACGGUGGUACAGGGCAGCCAAAGUAAAGGCUGCACGCUGCUCUUCAUGAUGCUCUACUUUUUUUCUACCGCUGGCAUGGUCUGGUGGGUCAUCCUCACCAUUACUUGGUUCCUGGCAGCAGGACCCAAAUGGAGCUGUGAGGCAAUCGAGAAAAAGGCUGUGUGGUUCCAUGCAUCAGCCUGGGGUAUCCCUGGGAGCCUUACUGUCAUACUGCUGGCUCUCAACAAGGUGGAGGGUGAUGGGAUCAGUGGUGUGUGCUUUGUGGGGUUGUAUGACCUGACCGCUCUCAAAUGGUUCGUGUUGGUUCCACAGGCUCUGGGAGUGCUGGCUGGGCUCUCACUUCUCCUAGCUGGAAUAGUUUCACUGAAUCAUGUGCGACAAGUGAUCCAACAUGACGAGCGCAACCAGGAGAAACUGAAGAAAUUUAUGAUACGCAUUGGUGUAUUUAGUGGUCUGUACCUGCUUCCUCUUCUCACGCUGCUCGCCUGCUACCUUUAUGAGCAGGUCCAGCGCAGUACCUGGGAGAAUACAUGGAUCAAUGAGCGGUGUCAGGAGUACAGCAUCCCUUGCUCUUACAAAAGAACAGACCCUUCAAGGCCAGAUUUGUCUCUUUUCUUGAUUAAAUACCUGAUGACACUGGUAGUGGGCAUUUCAGCAGUCUUCUGGGUCAGCAGUAAAAAAACCUGCUCAGAGUGGGCCUAUUUCUUCAACAGGACACGCAAAAAAGACCCCAUCAGUGAGAGUCGUCGUGUUCUGCAAGAGUCCUGUGAGUUCUUUUUAAAGCACAACAGCCAUGUACAGCACAAGAAGAAGCACUACAAACCCAGCUCACAUAAGCUGAAGGUCAUCUCCAAAUCCAUGGGCACUAACACCGGUGAUCCAGCAGGCACAUCCACUUGCCAUGACGGCUUAGCUGUUCCUGUCACUAGUAGCAACCACUACAUGCACACCCAUGGGUCAGAGUCAGACCCAAAGGGCUCUUUUGAGGCAUCUGUGCGGGAGCAGGGGGAGCAAUGUGGCUCAAGAAGGGGAUCCAGUCGGGGCAGCAAGGAACGGAGCAGAGGGCUGCAGGCAGACAGACGCAGCAAAACAGGAAGCUCCAGUAGAGUUAGCAGUAGGACAGAGAGCCUUCGUGGGGCUCCUGACGGCAGGAUAAUACCAAAAAAUGACUUGCCACAGGAGGUGCAGUUGGCUAUUGGUCAUUCUCCUUUCCAGGACCCCAUCCAAAGCUCUGCCCCAAGAUCUGUAGAUGUGGCUACAGAACAGAGCCAUGCCAGGGACAGUGCAUGAGAAGCGCACAUAUAAAGACCCUUAUGAAUAGUCUCAUUUGCCUAUAGCCCUCAUAGUGAUGGCAGAAAAAAUCUGUUGUGACCCUGCUGAAAACCACUAAACACUCUUGAUUUAAUGCAUACAGUUUAUUUUGCUAAAAAGAAAAUCAUAGGACUGUUCAGUUCCCUGGUAUAAUUACUGGUAUUAUAAUAAAUGAUCAGAUGUUUGCAUGUAA